GGUCGGAACAAGCCAAAGCCAGAAGUGUCGGUUAGGUUGGUUGGUCGGUUGGUUGGUCAGUUGGUUGGCUGGUUGCCCUGUGGCAACCUGUUGGUCCGGUGUCUUUUGUAGUUGAAGUCCCACCGGCUGGCGUGUAAAACUCACUCAAGUGGUUACCAGUUUCAAAAUCAACCAGAAACCAUUGUACAGAAAAGCUUCUUUCCAGCAUGAAACACACCAAAAGACUACUCGCCUGUACGCGUGCUGCCGAGGAUAGUUGUGAGUGGUUCAAGAACUGAAAGUCGAAGACAAAAGGCAAGCAAAAAAAAAAACAAGACAAAAUGUUACUGUGUGGCUCGUUGUAGUGAAGGAUCGUGUGGUAGUCUACUUAGGAGAAGAAUCACAGCCGUAGGAAAGUUGUGUUUUAGCUGUGGGCCAAGAUCAUCGCUCUCGCAAGCCGCCCACCGGGAAAGGAGGACGUUCUUCUCCUAUCAGUUGGUCAUCCAAGGAUCGAGUUCAGUUCAGAGGGACGGUGCGCCGCAGCGGUAACCGAGCUGGAUGUUCGAGCUGGAUGAUCCACGGGAGAAGCUGAGACUGCUGGAAACGCCGGUGAAGAGCACCGACAAGUCUUCAGAAUCCAUCGACGGGGACGCGCUGAAGGAGCUGAACGGUGGCGCCGAAAACGGCGUCGGUGGUGACGGCGAGGGAACCGCCCUGGCGAUGACCACCAUCGGCCAGCUGAAGGCGAAGGGAUGCCGCCCGGGUGAGCCGGAGGAUGACGAGCAGCGCGAAACCUGGAGCGGGAAGGUCGACUUCCUGCUGUCCGUCAUCGGGUUCGCCGUCGAUCUGGCCAACGUGUGGCGCUUUCCGUAUCUCUGCUACAAGAACGGUGGUGGUGCCUUCCUGGUGCCGUACGGGAUCAUGCUGCUGGUCGGUGGGAUUCCGCUGUUCUACAUGGAGCUCGCGCUGGGGCAGUUCAACCGGAAGGGUGCCAUCACCUGCUGGGGCCGGUUGGUGCCACUGUUCAAGGGGAUCGGUUACGCGGUGGUGCUGAUUGCGUUCUACGUCGAUUUCUACUACAACGUGAUCAUCGCCUGGUCGUUGCGGUUCUUCUUCGCGUCCUUCACCGAUAGCCUACCGUGGACGCACUGUUCCAACCCGUGGAACACGGCCGAAUGCAAGCCGUUUGGGUUCACGAACAGUUCAGUGGCCGUGAACAGGACUGCGGCUCUUGCGACGAACGUUACGGCCACUGUUGGGACGCUUAAUGAUACCAAGUUUCGGUCUGCCGCCUCGGAGUACUUCAACCGGUACAUCCUGGAGCUGGAUAAAAGCGAAGGAAUCCACGAUCUGGGUGCCAUCAAGUGGGACAUGGCGUUGUGUCUGCUGGCGGUGUAUCUCAUCUGCUACUUCUCGCUCUGGAAGGGCAUCAGCACGUCCGGUAAGGUGGUCUGGUUCACGGCGUUGUUCCCGUACGCCGUCCUGUUGAUCCUGCUCGUGCGUGGCAUCACACUUCCGGGUUCGGCUGAAGGGAUCCUGUACUACUUGCGGCCCAAUUUCGACGUCAUCUACAAUGCGGAGGUGUGGGUUGAUGCAGCCACGCAGGUGUUCUUCUCGUUGGGACCGGGCUUUGGUGUGUUGCUUGCGUACGCCUCGUACAACAAGUACCACAACAACGUGUACAAGGAUGCUCUGCUGACUAGUUUGAUCAACUCGGCCACCAGCUUCAUCGCAGGGUUUGUCAUUUUUUCGGUCCUGGGCUACAUGGCACACGCUAGUGGACAAAGCAUCAAGGAUGUGGCCACCGAAGGUCCGGGGCUGGUGUUCGUCGUUUAUCCAGCCGCGAUCGCGACCAUGCCGGGAAGCAUUUUUUGGGCGCUGAUCUUUUUCAUGAUGCUGCUCACGCUUGGGUUGGACAGCUCGUUUGGUGGAUCUGAAGCCAUCAUUACGGCGUUGAGUGACGAAUUCCCGAAAAUUGGCCGCAAUCGGGAGAUCUUCGUGGCGAUCUUGUUCUCGCUGUACUUUGUCGUUGGUCUCGCCAGCUGUACCCAGGGUGGGUUCUACUUUUUUCAGCUGCUUGAUCGUUACGCGGCUGGCUACUCGAUAUUGAUAGCGGUGCUGUUUGAAUCGAUUGCAGUGUCCUGGAUUUAUGGUACGGAGCGAUUCUGCAACGACAUUAAAGACAUGAUUGGCUUCGCGCCCGGUAUUUAUUGGCGUGUUUGCUGGAAAUUUGUUGCCCCGCUGUUUCUGCUGUUCAUCAUCAUCUAUGGGCUGAUAGGGCACGAGCCGCUCAGCUACGAGGACUACGAGUAUCCUGCGUGGGCUAAUCUGCUCGGGUGGUGCAUAGCAGGCUCAUCGAUGAUCAUGAUACCGCUGAUGGCAUGCUACAAGCUGAUCGUCACACCGGGGAGCUUCCUAAACCGCAUGAAAAUUCUCACCACACCCUGGCGCGAUCAGCAAAUGGCCGUCAACGGAUUGACGAUCGAGCCGGCUCAGGUCCGCCUGACGCACUCCGACGAAGGCGAGGAAGUUUGA